GCGCGCGCUGAGGGCGGGGCUGAGCCCUCGACAGGGCCAGCGCGCAGGCGCACUCUCGGAAGGAGGCGGCGGGCGGGAAGCCUGAGGGCCGGCGGGGUCUUUGAGAACAGCGGGAUUGCAUUGUCAUAACAGACAACCACACUCUGAUUCUACACUUGGAAGCUACAGAAAAGUGAGAACACCUUGAAUAUUGACAUUUUUCUCUGCUCAAGGAAAGAGUUUUGAGGUGAAUGAAGUGUGCCUCUUUGAAAGUACUUUUAAGAAGCAUCUGUGGCCCGUCCUUUCUUUGUAGUCCCAGGGAAGAGAAAGCAUGAAAGAAUGGCAGUCAAUGGCCAUCGCAGUCCUGCUAGGACUGACAGUCCGAUGGGUGGUCUCUCUGAAUUCUUACUCAGGUGCUGGAAAACCUCCUAUGUUCGGAGAUUAUGAAGCCCAGAGACACUGGCAAGAAAUUACUUUUAAUUUACCAGUCAAGCAGUGGUACUUCAAUAGCAGUGAUAACAAUUUACAGUACUGGGGUCUAGACUACCCGCCUCUUACAGCCUACCACAGUCUUGUAUGUGCCUAUGUGGCACAGUUCAUCAAUCCAGACUGGAUUGCUCUACACACAUCCCGGGGUUAUGAGAGUAAUCAGCAUAAGUUAUUCAUGCGAUCAACAGUUUUUGUUGCUGACUUGAUGAUUUACAUACCUGCGGUGGUUUUAUACUGUUGCUAUUUAAAAGAAACUUCCACCCAAAAGAAGAUUGCGAGUGCCUUUUGCACAUUGCUGUAUCCAGGACUGCUUCUGAUUGACUAUGGACAUUUCCAAUAUAAUUGCGUGAGUCUCGGCUUGGCUUUGUGGGGCGUUCUUGGCCUGUCUCAUGACUGGGACAUCCUAGGCUCACUGGCGUUUUGUCUGGCCCUAAAUUAUAAACAGAUGGAACUUUACCACUCUUUGCCGUUCUUUUGCUUUUUGCUAGGCAAAUGCUGUAAAAGGGGCCUGAAAGGAAAGGGGUUGUUGCUGCUCAUUAAACUCAUCUGCACGGUGGCUGCUGCCUUUGCUCUCUGCUGGUUGCCCUUCUGUACCCAAGUGGAGCAGACCACCCAAGUGCUAAGAAGACUCUUCCCCAUUGGCCGGGGACUCUUUGAGGACAAAGUAGCCAAUUUUUGGUGUACUCUCGACACCCUUCUGAAGAUAAAGCACCUUCUUUCACCUCGAGCCCAGUUGAUGUUCAGCUUUCUUUUGACGUUCCUGAGCCUGCUUCCUGCAUGUCUAAAGCUAACCCUUCAGCCCAGUGUCAGAGGCUUUAAAUAUACUUUGGUUAACUGUGCGUUGUCAUUCUUCUUAUUCUCCUUCCAAGUACAUGAAAAAUCCAUCCUUUUGGUCUCAUUACCAGUCUGCUUGGUUCUGAAUGAAGUUCCGUUUAUGUCCAUAUGGUUCUUACUUGUAUCCACUUUUAGCAUGCUUCCUCUUCUUCUGAAAGACCAGCUCGCACUGGCCUCUGUGGUGACCACACUAGGCUUUGCAGUGGUUUCUGCAGCGUCCUUUCCGAUAUUCGAAGACGUUUCUGAAGAAGAAUUGCGAUUAAAGUCCUUCUCCAUGCGUGUUCAGAGGCAUGUCCCUGGUUUCAAGGUUCCGACGAAGAUGCUAAAAACUGGGUUUCUGGUGUCUGUAACAUUGAUGAGCCUUCUGACUCUGAUGAGCAUCACUGUGGAGCCUCCACACAAGCUGCCUGACCUCUUUCCUGUUUUGGUGUGUCUUGUUUCCUCUCUGCACUUUCUCCUUUUCUUGAUCUACUUUAAUGUCAUAAAUCUGUGGGAUCACAGAAAUGGAAGAAACCAGAAGAAAAUCAACUAAUUGUCCUCAGAAAAGCAGCAGAGCCAGAUGAUUUUUAAAAUGUGACUGUUGCUGAAAUUUCAUUCACUCAUGCUGUCCAAAAGGAAAAUCCCAUUGAGAAUCAUGUCUUUUAGAGCAAAGAGGUUGGUGAACAUGAGGCAGCAUGGCUGGGUGGACGGGCAGAAAUCAGGAAGCCUUCUCCCCAUAGACUUUGGCCAAGUGGCCUGAUUUGUUCUUGUGCUCCCAGGCACAUCAGCAGGGCUGGAAUUUCCACAGCUAGGGUGCCUGAUCCCAGUGAAUUCCCAAGCUUGGGCCCCAAGCCCCACAUAUGGGGACCAGAGUACAGCUAAGGUUCUUCUCUCUACUAUGCCUUAGCCACGUUAGGGUAGGGUUUCAUCCUGCCCAAGGGCUCCUUUAAGGGCUAUUUCCUAAAUCGUUGUGCUGUGGGCUUGGCUGCCCUGGUAUACCCUGGAGCUUGAUGGGAUCAUGUGGCCUUCUCUUUUUCAAGAGGACACUGAAAUUUAGAUCAACACUUGCUUUAGGACUUGUAGCGAUCCCAAAAAAGGAUGUAUGGACUUUUCCACAACUUUAAUUGGUUUCAUCAAGCUGGAAUAGUCUUUAAAAAAAUAAUCUUGGAAAAUCAAAAAUUGGGUGAUUAAAAAAGUAGACGAUACAAAAUUGUUUGAAAUUGGAUGGUUCCCAAGGACUUUCUCCUUCGGACAUAUGUGUAAUGGGCACGCACUUAUUUUUACAAGGCUUGACUACCCAGAGCACCACUUUAUUAGAUGCAACUAGAAAUCCUUUCUUUCCACUUUCAAUCCAACCUCUUCAGUAGGAGAGGCUCCUUAUUUGAAUUUCUCGUGGCUCUUGCCUCUUCUCCGUGACCUCUCCCCUUUCUGGGGUGAUGCAGUUUACUUAAGGGGUCAUCCACAGUAUUUCAUGCCUCUGGAUCCUUUUCUCAUGUGACACAAUGAAGACUGCCAAGGCCACUCCAGUAAUAACUGGGCCUCAGUAUCAUACUUCAUGUUAACAUGACCUCUUUAAUAGGGUAGAAGGAGUCACUUGCCAAAGCCCAUUUCUACCAGGGAAUCUCAGUAUGAAUACUGCAUCUCCUUCAUGUCUUAACCACUGGCCAUAGUUUCCUGUUGUACUUUGUGAUAAAAAAUAAAGCAAAUCAUGUCAUUGGCAA